UCUAAAGCGAGUAGCCAUGGACGAUAUUACAGGCGAAAAGCUAGAUUUUGAGGAAGCCAUUAAUAAAACUGGUUUCGACGUGGCUUGUGACAUGGGACUUUCGACGAAGCAACAGGGUCUCCUCUCAGCGAUACCACUGAUUGGAGUCAUGAUUUCUUCAUAUGUCUGGGGUCUAAGUGCCGACACGAUCGGACGGCAGAAGACGUUGUUGUUGGCCAUGCCUGUGAGCAUUGCUUGGAGUUUAGCAGCUAGCAUGACGCCUACGUACACUUCGUUGGCAGUGCUCAAACUAAUGUCAGCUGGUUUUUCAUCAUCAGCGAAUGCAGCUGCCUUUGUACUUCUAGGAGAAAGUGUUCCUUCUGCGUACAGAAGCAAAUUUAUGUUCCUUAUGGCCAGUGCUACUAUGUUUGUACAGCUUAUUAUAAGUAUUGUCGCACUUCCCAUUCUCCAGCUUACCUUCAGCAUUAAUAUGUCCUUGAUUAAUCUGAACUACCGACCCUGGCGUCUACUCCUCCAGCUAAUGACAUUGCCAGGGAUAUUUGGGACUAUAGGUAUUAUGAUGGUGCGUGAGAGUCCUAAAUUCCUACUUAGUACGGAUCACGAAAGGGACGCUAUAGACGUGUUGAAAACUAUACAUAUCUGGAAUAAGGGAUCGAGUGAAUUCAAAAUAUCAUCGGUACACCUUCAGGAAACGAUUACUACAUAUUCUGGAAAUUCUGUUUGGAAAAAGAUUUGGAAUCAAACGGCAUCCCUGUUCAAACCACCGCUUUUAAAAAACUCUCUGAUACUUUACUAUAUUUUACUCUGUGCAUACAUGACAUCGACCGGCUACACAAUGUGGGUGCCAACAAUGACAAACGUGUAUUUUAAUGGAGAAGAUAGCGAUGGCAAAACUUUUUGUGAAGUGGCGAGUAAAGCUGCAUCUCAAAAUUUGACCACUGAUUGUAGUACUCCGAUUCAACCUACGACAUUAUAUGCCGUCAUGUGCUAUUCUGGCAUGUCAGGGUCGCUAAAUAUACUUCUAACAUUCAUAGUCGGGCCACUGGGUAAAAAGAGGACAACGUUGUUAGUCUUUCUCAUCGCGAUCAUAGCCGGUGUACUGCUUCUUUUCGUGAAGCAAUCGAUAGCUAGUAUUGGACUGUUCUUCACGUUUCUCUAUGUGUCUUUAAUAUUGGGAAAUGUAAAUACAUAUUUAGUGGAAUUGAAUCCGACACAAUUAAGAGCAAUGGCGACAUGCUUGUCUGUAGUUGUGGCCAGAGGCUUUGGGUUCUUCAGCGUUCAGCUAAUCGCGACGUUGUUGUCUGACCACUGCAUCCCAAUGAUUGGAGGAUACAUCGCUCUCGUUACAAGUGGAUUACUGAUAGCGAUAUGCUUACCGGCAGACAACUCUCCAGGUGGAAACAGUUAAAACAUUAUACAAUUUCGAUAAUGUUUAAUCAAACUAAACUAAAACUAUAGUAUCUUGCGAAAUUAAGAUUUUAGUCUUUAAUUUGACUUUAUCAGAGAUAGAAAACUGUUAGAUCGUAGCGGCAUCUUCAGUGGAAGUACGUCAUACUCUGAAUGGCGUCACUAGUGUUUCCGAUUGCGGAAUCAUUAUCAUGCAUACACACGCCUAUGCUUUCUCUGAAUGAUGUGAAUCAAUGAUGUGGGAAUUCGCAAAGAGUUUAGAUAAAAAAAACAUAUGAAUGACUCAAUUUUUUAUUGCGCAAAAAAUGUCACACCUAGAAACUCUUACAACGAAAAAUAAAAUAGAAGAAACUUCGUUUCAUAAAUUUACCAAAGGUAAUUAACAUAACAAGCAUUUUUUCAUAAUCAUACGAGUCGAGCGAAAAAUACACAACUUAAGCUAUCGAUAUUACAUAAAAGGUAAGAUUCGGAGACACGACCGAAGAGGGCGAAGGUCACUGAACAAUCGCGGAUAAGUACAAAAUCUCUAAAAAUGUCUAAAAUGUUAAAACGUCUCUGGAAGGAACUGCGUCGAGCCAGUCAGCGAGGUGAACGGCCUUUCCAGUCUUCGAUAAAAUCUAUAAAUGAUGUCGUUUAAUGUCAAUCUAUCACAGCAUCCAAGUGGUCAUUAAGGAAUUUCGAAAAAUACGUCUCACGAGCUCCUUCGAAGCUACCGAUGACGAUGAUGACUCCGCCGGACGGCACGGUAGCGGAAGGUCUCGUCACAGGUUUACGUCCCGACGCCUCGCGGUCAUACGAGCAGCUCCUUCGGGAACAGGUUCAUGGAAGCGUAGUCCUGCAACACCUGCAACAGUUUAUCGAUCUAUUGUCGAGGCGAGUCGAGUGAGUGUCGUCUCGGAACCUCCCUCUGUGACGACACACACGCACGCACGCUCGAAUCGAUAGAGAGACAGGAUCACCUCCAGCAGUCGGUCGACCGUAGGCUCGGGCGCCUCCCACGGGAGCAGGUCCCGCAGUUUGGAGCCGUCGAGACACAGCUGCUUGUUGAGCAGCAGCUCGGUGCUGGCGAAGGGCUCCAAGGGGGAGUGCUCCAGGUUGUACUUCCGGCAGAUCUCCGCCCACGCGGUCAGGUGCUUCACGUUGGCCUCUUCCGCCACCGAGGCUAUGUCGUUCUGAAACGAGGUGUCAGCCUCAGAGCCGGUCCUCGGAGACGUUUCAUCGAGAGAGAAGCGUCUCGAGAGAAACUCACCUUGGCCAGUGAAGAUAUAGCCUUUCCGUAAUAAUCAUGAUUUAUCUUGAAUAUCUCGGCGACCAUCU